UCGUGCGGUGGCUUGUCCACGUCAUCCGCGGAAGAAGAAAAAAAAAAGCCGCGUCGCAUCAAAAAAAGCACCGUCCGCGAGCCCUAGCCACCUUCCUCUCCGCGAGCGAACUCCUCUCCGCGAGCCACCGCCCUCUCCGCGAGCGAGCUUCUCUCCGCGAGCGAACUCCUCUCCGCGAGCCACCGCCCUCUCUGCGAGCGAGCUCCUCUCCAUGACCAGCCACCUUCCUCGCCGCGAGCCACCGCACCUUCCUCGCAUUGAGCCACCUUCCUCUCCGCGAGCAGUCUCCUCACCGCAAUCCCAAGCAGAAGUGGCCAGACACCUUCCUCGCCGCGAGCCACCGCCCUCUCCGCGAACCCUAGCAGAAGCGCCGACGCCUCCCUCUCCGAACCCGGGAGAAUCCGAGAGAAGCAGAAUCGCCUCUCUCCCCUCCUGCCGCUGCGACCUCUCCCCCGACCUCUCCGCCGCGAAUUUAACAAUCAAACAUGCACUAGGAAGCCCAGCAUCCCUUGCUGUGAAAACUACUGGUUAUUGCGUUUGACAGUAAAUGAUUCUCAAGAUUUAUUACUUCUUUCCCAACCUCAUGCAAAUACAGUUUUGGCAUACUUAAUGGUUACAUUUAAGUUUUUUUCUAAUGGUUUUUGUUAUUGGAAAGGUUGGUACUGAUGGCCUCAUGGCAUUUUUAUAGGAUGGCCGAGAAGAAUGAACUUCGUGAAGAGAAGCAGAAGCUGAAGGUAGAAAAAGAAAGCUUAGAGCAGCAAAUCAAACUUCUGAAUACAAGGUCUAGUAGCAAUGCUGCUCACCCGCCCGUUAUACCUACCCCUUUCACAAUCCCUGGUCAACCUGUUGGGCACAAGUUAAUGAUGCCGAUCAUUGGUUACCCUAGCUAUCCAAUGUGGCAAUUCAUGCCCCCUGCCGAUGUCGAUACAUCACUGGAUGCUGAUAAAUGCCCACCUGUUGCCUAAGCAAACGAACGAUUAAAAAUACAAAAAGUCUUAAAUCUGUUAGAAUUGCAGAUGAUUUCAUUAUCAAUUUAAGUUGCCGAAAACUUCAUGGGCAUGCAUGUUUCAGCUUUAUGCCUUUCCCGUAAGAUAUAGAUUUCACCUAUAAAUAAAUUACUUAUCUCUGCAUUUGGACACGAGUCCUUUCCUAUCUCUUGAUGCUUAUUU